ACGGCCAGUUGCUCGCAUUCGCGUAGGUAUUUCACGCGAAUGCGACAGUUUUAUGCGAACCACGCGAGAGGCGGUCGUCGAGCGAGCGGAAAGAAAAUGUGCGGGUUUCGGGAAAGCUUCAACGUCAUCGUCACCGAUUAUCGGGCCAGUUAGCACGUUAGUGAGCACUGAUUCUAGGACUUAAUCACGGUGUUGGUUUAAUCCUAGUGGUUUUCUACCCGGCCUAGCCGUGGUUAACUGCGGUGUGUUGAUGAUCGCGGUUAGUCACUGGCAGUAAGAAAAAAAAAAGUGGAAGAACAAUAUUCGGUGCUGUGGGGUAAGAUAACUGGGGAACUGAUAUCAUCGUGGCAGUCAAUGAUAAGUGAUACCGCAGGUUGUCGACGGAGGUAUUGUUUUGAAUUGUUUUUUUAUCUGUGUGAUUUCACCGAAAUGCUUUCGAGGAUUGACGGAUCCAGUCGCUGCUAGUCAGACAAUGAGAAAGUGCGCGUUCGCGGAUGUGUCAUUUUCGGUUGAUCGAACGGAAAUUGAGCAAACGUGAAGUGAUUAUCGGUGUCGCAUAGCGGUGAAAUUGCACUUCGUUUACAUACCGGAAAGCUGCCAAGCAUAAUGUGUUGCCGGUGCAGUCUCUGCGGACUGGGCCCAAGAGCCACCAUCGUGUUCGCUGGAGUUGUGUCUUUGAUUUUUGCAGGACUGUACGUGUUUUUCUCGAUCGCUGGAAUUCUCGCACACAACUGUGAAAUUGAUAUGACCGGCUCUUCGGAAGCAUAUGCGAUUUACCUGUACUAUCUUCGCUCAUCUGAAUGUGGAAAGAUUGACCUCAGUUACCUAGGCAUCCAGAAUGUACCCGACAACCUACCGAUUCUCGUUCCGGAAGUUUCGGCUGCAGCCGAGAGGACGUACAUUUUUUGUAUAAUCGGGGCAGUUCUGUUUGGGCUUUGGUUGGUCACAUCGAUCUUGAUGUUCGGAUCAGUAUGCGUCUCUUGUAUGGGCCGUUGUUGCCUGGUAGCGGGAGUCUAUCCCUAUAUCAUUUCACUUUUCCUGGUAUUAGCAUUCAGUGCUGUAACAUUCGUCUUCUACCUCAUCGAUUUCAUUGGAAGUUUUGAUAUCGAUUUCGUAAUGGAUUUAUUAGAGAUUCAGAACCAAUUAGAAAUCCGGCCAAUUUUCGAAAAUAUCGACAUCAUUUUUCAAAUCGUUCCUCCGCUACUACUGUGGAUCACCACAAGCUUUGGGGUUCUCAUUUGGUUUAUGUUUUUGUUGCUUGGUUUCAUAAUGAUGGGAGUAGCGAGGCGUUUGUGGAGAGAGAACAAACCAGCACCCUCGUACAAUAACGCAGUACAAGCACCGAGAACGAUGGUUCAAUCAUCCAAUAGAACCGAUGAAAUGAGAGAAGAACCCACUCAAAUCGAUGCGAACCUUACGAUUGCCGCUGUUCGAUACAACGACCCGGCAAGACAACCGAAUGACAAUGUGUCCUUCAACGAGAUUCCUCCAGUAGAUGUAAACAUUCGACGUACCGUUGAACCAUUGAAAACUGGCCACGAAGCCACGCAUGAACCACGUUACGAAUCAGAACCGAGUUCAACCAACAAUUACCCGAACGCACCGCCCAGUCCACUACGAACGAAUCCUUUGAUUAACCCUUACACCGACAAGCGGUUCACGUACCUGCCAGGAAAUCCACAACCCUUUUCUUACCUAGCAGGACCUCCGCAACUCAGCCCGCGAAAUUCUACCAACGUACCUGAAGUACGUAGUCAAUUGCCAUGGUCUUACUUCCGUCAACCGGAGCACGAUCUAACUCCGAGACGUGUAACGUCUACUCUCACCGACCACAGAGAAUUCCCUGGCGAGGAGUACAUUCCACCGAUGGUCAAACCCAGCGCUCCUGAUGAUCGAUCCAGUGACGAAGGAAAAUGGAGCGGCCCUGAAUACAGGUAUUAAUAGUGCAAUAUAAAGGAUUCAAACCAAAGAUGCCAUCGAUGAACUAAGAAUUUAAGUUGAUUGUAAUGUUGUUUGAUUUGUAAAUAAAUGUUAAUGGUUUCGCACUGUAGAGCAGUGCGGACAAGUUGAA